AUGGAGUCUUUUGGGAUGUCGAAGGUUCUUGGUGCUGGGCGGUUGGCGGGGAGGGUCAUUCUCCUAUUGGGAGCAGGUCAUUCUCUUGUUGAGAGCUUGAUCGUGUUUAGUGUUUCAUUGGCUGGGUAUCUCGCCUGGAAAACGGCGACUUCUGCAGAUGAACCCAACAUCAUAAUCAUCACACCAGAUGACUCGACCCUCGAAAAGAGAGACAUUGAGAAGCCACGAUUUCAAUUUCUCAAGAUGAUGAAAAACGGGUUCUGGGUAUUCAUUGACAUGGCUAGCGGACGAUACCUUUGGAGGAACGUCAAACAAUUGAACAGCUGCAGCCAGCAUGUUGAUUAA